AUGGGUUUCGGUCGCUUUUCUUUGCAUAAAUCACUCGAUCUCUUCCAAGUAAACACAACCAACCUCUCCAUUUCUUCCUCCACACUCCUCAGUCUCGAGCAUUCCUUCCGCAAACGCGGUCUUGGAGAUCUUACCGUCGCCGCCUUGACUCCCGAAAAUAUCGAAUCUGUUAUUGCUUCAAAGACUGGCACCGCUUCUGCUGUCAAUAUCACUGCCAAGGAUCUGGGGUUGGCGGAUAGUUACAAGAUUAGUUUGUGGAGUUACUGCGCUGUCACAGGAAAGAAUACUACAUGCACUAAGGCAAAGUUCAACUGGGCGGCUACCGCUCUCAAUACUUCUUCGAUCGAUACUCUUACCUCUGCAACAGGUACCAAUGCCACUCUCCCACACGAAGUUGAAAGUGCUUUGAAGACCUUUGUGGUGGUAUCGAAAUGGACACAAGUAGUUUACAUCAUUGCCUUGAUUGCAACAGCAGCCGAACUGUUCCUCGGACUAUUCGCUAUGUGUUCUAGAGCCGCUUCAUGUAUUACAUACUUCGUCUCUGGUUUCAGCACUACAGCCGUCAUUGCUGCUUCUAUCAUGGCCACCGUCCUCUCCUCAGUCACAGUCGGCGCUAUCAAAUCAUCCGCUAAAGCCUACGGGAUCGGAGCCCAUAUCGAUACGCACUUCCUUGCUGUCACCUGGCUCGCCGUUGUAUUAAGCAUCGCAAGCAGUUUCUUCUGGGUCUUUACUAUCUGCUGUUGUGCAUCAAAUAACAACAGCAGCAAGAAGAACAGAAGAAGUCUUAAUGAUCACGAAAAGUUGAUUCCAACAAAGACGGCCUAUCAGAAGAUUGAUACACCAGAAACUGGUUAUGUUGGUCAACAACAUGGUAUCUAUCACCAACAACCUCAACCUACACGUACUGGUGCUUAUGAACCUUAUUCUCAUGGUGCCAUCUAA